AUGCCCUCCUCCCAUUCCCAGGAUUCCUCCAAAUCUUUGCCAUCGUUCAAAGAUUCUGGUUCUUCAUCUGCAAACAAAAACAACAACAAAAAUGGCUCACUAUCGUCCUCCGCCAACAAACAUAAAUCGUCAUCUUCUGACAAAUCAAAUAACGAUAACAAGAAGCCACAGAACAAGAACAAAUCUAACAAGAAGAAGCAUAACGACGAUAAAUCUUCGUCACCAGCCCUACCACGUUCGCUCUCAUCCUCACAUUUUGCACUAUACCCUCCACUCAAUUCAUCUUCAAGUGAAAAAUACGGUAGCAGCAGCUACAAUAUCAAUAAUGUCAUCAUAACAGGAGCAGCUAUAGGAGCAGUAUUAUUGUUGUUACUCAUGAUAGCAUGCACGGUGUGUUGUUGCCAUAGGAAGAAGAAAAGACAAAGAUAUGAUAACAAUCGCAACAAUCCUAGCGAAAUUAAGGUUGAUACAAAUAAUGGCUAUUAUAGCACACAACAUGCUGGGAACCAACUUCAUGAACAUGGUGAUCUUCAUCUAAAGAUGCCUCCACAACCUCAUAGCAAUCCAAGAAGCUCUGAUCAGCAAGGUUGGGUGGCUGCACCACCACCGCCACCAUUAGGAAUGGUGGGUAGCAAUGAGAAGAAUGUUUUUACCUAUGAUGACCUAGUAGCAGCCACAAAAGAGUUCGAUAGCUCUCUGCUUUUAGGUCAAGGUGGAUUUGGGUAUGUUCAUAAAGGAGUGUUACCUAAUGGAAAAGAAGUAGCUGUGAAGAGCCUUAAACUCGGUAGCGGCCAAGGGGAACAUGAAUUCCAGACUGAGGUUGAAACCAUUAGUCGCAUCCAUCAUCGACACCUUGUAUCUCUUGUUGGAUAUUGUAUAGCAGGACAACAAAGAAUGUUGGUCUAUGAAUUUAUUCCCAAUAAAACCCUUGAAUAUCACCUUCAUGGGGAAGGCUGCCCUUUUAUGGACUGCUCAACAAGGUUUAAACUUGCUCUUGGAGCAGCCAAAGGUUUUGCUUACCUUCAUGAAGAUUGUAAUCCUCGCAUUGUCCACAGAAACAUUAAAGCGGCAAAUAUACUGCUUGACGAGCAUUACGAGGCCAAGGUGGUGGAUUUUGGAUUGACGAAGCUUUCAUCGGAAAUCAUCACUCAUGUGUCAACACGUGUUAUGGGAACAUUUGGGUACUUGGCACCUGAGUAUGCAUCAAUGGGUAAACUUACAGAGAAGUCAGAUGUCUAUUCCUAUGGAGUUGUGCUCUUGGAACUGAUUACUGGAAGACGACCCAUAAACAGAAAUAGUGACGAAGGCAGCUUAAUUGAUUGGGCUAGGCCUAUACUGAUGCAUGCAUCAGAUGGAGGAAGUCUUGAAAAGAUGGUGGAUCCACGUAUUAAAGAGAAUUACAACCGAGAAAAGAUGCUUCGCAUGGUAGCAUGUGCUGCUGCUUGCAUUAGGCAUUCUCCAAGGAUACGUCCCAAAAUGAGCCAGAUUGUUCGCAUACUAGAAGGUAAAGUGUCCUUCGGUGACUUAAAGAGAUGA